GCACUGCAGAAAGAUUUGCGUGCAUCUUUGCGGAGCUGCGUGGUAGAGCAACAUGACCAUGUGUUUUUUAAACGUUGUCAUUGAUACCUAACGGAUUACAAGAAAUAACAUUUUUUUUGUUUUGUUUUGUAAUCCAAGGGUGUAUAAAGUCAACAUGGAAUGCAUUGGAGAGGUGACCCCUCAGCUAAUGAUGGCUGUGGGCACAGCAGUGAUUGGCUCCCUCCAGUUCGGCUACAACACUGGCGUCAUUAAUGCUCCUCAAAAUAUCAUUGAAAGCUUCUACAAUGAGACGUGGACGAGCAGGUUUUCUGAGCCCAUCUCUCAGAGCACAUUAACAGCUCUGUGGUCCCUCUCAGUGGCCAUCUUCUCAGUGGGGGGAAUGUUUGGUUCCUUCUCGGUUGGCCUCUUUGUCAACCGCUUCGGCAGGCGGAACUCCAUGCUCAUGGCCAACGUGCUCGCAGUUAUUGCUGCUUUGCUCAUGGGCUUCUCAAAGCUGGCUGCCUCAUGGGAAUUACUCAUCAUUGGACGCUUUACGGUGGGCCUGUAUUCUGGCCUGUCCACUGGCUUUGUGCCCAUGUAUGUGGAGGAAAUCUCCCCGACGUCUCUCCGCGGAGCAAUGGGCACUCUGCAUCAGCUGGGCGUUGUCAUCGGCAUCCUCUUGGCACAGAUUUUGGGGAUCGAAUCCAUCAUGGGGAACGAUUCCCUCUGGCCAAUGUUGUUAGGGUUCACUCUGCUGCCGGCCAUUUUGCAGUCUGUCCUGCUGCCUCUCUGCCCAGAGAGCCCAAGAUACCUCCUAAUCAUCUGCAACGAGGAGAGCAAAGCCAACAACGUGUUGGUGAAGCUGCGUGGCACCGAAAACGUGAGCGAGGAUAUGACAGAGAUGAAAGAAGAGAGCCAGCAGAUGUCGACGGAGAAAAAAGUGACAAUAUUUGAGCUCUUGCGCGCCCCCGUCUAUCGCCAACCCGUCCUUGUUGCCGUGAUGCUGCAGCUCUCACAGCAGCUGUCUGGGAUCAACGCUGUGUUCUACUAUUCUACCGGAAUCUUUGCAAAAGCAGGUGUGUCCCAGCCUGUCUAUGCAACCAUCGGAGCAGGAGUAGUAAACACAGCCUUCACAGUGGUUUCUUUGUUUGUGGUGGAGCGUACGGGCAGAAGGCCACUCCACCUGACUGGUUUAAUGGGAAUGGCAAUAUCUGCAGUUGUUCUCACUCUUGCGAUGGCCUUGUUGGAUCAAUACAGCUGGAUGUCCUAUGUGAGCAUUGUGGCCAUUCUAAGCUUUGUCGCCUUUUUUGAAAUUGGCCCGGGCCCCAUCCCAUGGUUCAUUGUGGCAGAACUCUUCAGUCAGGGGCCCCGACCUGCUGCCAUCGCAGUCGCUGGCUUCUCGAACUGGUCUGCCAAUUUUGUAAUCGGCAUGAGCUUUCCAUAUGUUGAGCAACUCUGUGGUCCCUAUGUCUUCAUCAUCUUCACGGUUCUCCUGGUGGGCUUCUUCAUCUUCACCUACUUCAAAGUGCCCGAAACCAAGGGCCGUACCUUUGAUGAGAUUUCUGCAGGCUUUCGACAAUCAACCGGCCGCGGUGCUGAUAAAUACGCAGCCUCUGAAGAGUUCAACACACUCAGGGGGGAUGAUCCUGACCUUUGAAAGCUGUGCUCAAAUUUCCUUCAUUUCAUACAUAUUUGAAUCCCAAUUUAUUUGUUGUUACCCGUCUAUGAUUCUUGUCCUGUUCAGUUUUGGUGCUACAAGGAAGGUAGAAGGACUGUUGUGACACCAAACAUACAAAUGCAGUGUCAUAUGACAAUCCCAUUGAAAAUAAUUAGUAGGCCUGAAAAGUAGUUCUUCUUUGGUCUUAUCUCUGUGUAAUUUCUUAGGAGGUUACUGAUUGGGCAAUGCAAUGUUUAUUUUGUUCUCUCAUUGUGUUUGGUUCUUAGUUUGGAUGUGGGAGAAUAGAACUUGUCAGUCACAACACCACUUUCAUCUUAAUAAUUUUACACAACCUUCAAUUUGGGUUGAGCAAUG